UGGUGCUGGGCGAACAUGGCGGCGGCGGUCGGGCGGGACACCCUACCUGAGCACUGGUCGUACGGCGUAUGUCGGGACGGCCGCGUCUUCUUUAUCAAUGACCAGCUCCGCUGCACGACUUGGCUGCACCCGCGUACCGGCGAGCCCGUCAACUCGGGUCACAUGAUCCGCUCAGACUUGCCGCGCGGCUGGGAGGAGGGCUUCACGGAGGAGGGCGCCAGCUUCUUCAUCGACCACAACCAGCAGACCACAACCUUCAGGCAUCCUGUGACUGGGCACUUUUCUUCAGAAAACAGUGAAUUCAUUCUUCAGGAGGAGGAACCACACCCACACAUGUCGAAGCAAGAGAGAAACCAAAGACCGUCCAGCAUGGUCAGUGAGACAUCCACAGCUGGGACCACGUCCACCCUGGAGGCCAAGCCUGGACCCAAGAUCGUCAAGUCCAGCAGUAAAAUGCACAGCUUUGGGAAGAGAGACCAGGCCAUUCGGAGGAACCUCAAUGUCCCGGUGGUGGUGAGGGGCUGGCUGCACAAGCAGGACAGCUCCGGAAUGAGGCUGUGGAAAAGACGGUGGUUUGUGCUCGCCGAUUACUGUUUGUUUUAUUAUAAAGACAGCCGAGAAGAAGCAGUUCUCGGGAGCAUCCCUCUGCCCAGCUACGUCAUCUCCCCUGUGGCCCCGGAGGAUCGCAUAAGCCGCAAGUAUUCCUUUAAGGCUGUGCACACAGGAAUGAGGGCGCUCAUCUACAGCACCACCACAGCGGGCUCCCAGGCUGAGUACUCGGGCAUGAGAACCUACUACUUCAGUGCUGACACCCUAGAGGACAUGAACGCCUGGGUCAGGGCCAUGAACCAGGCUGCACAGGUGCUGUCUCGGUCAUCACUGAAGAGGGACAUGGACAAGGUGGAGCGGCAGGCCAUGCCACAGGCCAACCACACCGACACCUGUCAAGAAUGCGGCCAUGUGGGACCUGGGCACUUGAGAGAUUGUCCUCAUCGAGGCUGUGAAGACUCCUAUGGCUUCGACAGGAGGGAGCCGGAGGAGGAGCGCUUCCGUUCUCAAAGAGACCCACUGGAGGGCAGGCGGGACAGGAGCAAGGCCAGGUCCCCGUACUUGCCAGCUGAGGAGGAUGCCUUAUUUGUGGAUCUACCCGGUGGUCCCCGAGGCCAGCAAGCACAGCCACAGCGGGCUGAGAAGAAUGGUGUGCCACCUGUCUCUUAUGGCCCAGGAGAACAAAAUGGGACCAGUGGGUACCAGCGUGCUGCUCCUCCCAGGGCCAACCUGGAGAAACACAGCCAGAGGAAGAUGGCCCAGGCAGAACACUGGGCAAAGGCUCAGAAGGGGGAUGGAAGGAGCUUGCCCUUAGACCAGACGACACUUCCUCGCCAGGGUCCCAGUCAGCCCCUAUCCUUCCCGGAAAACUACCAGACUCUUCCCAAGAAUACUAGACAUCAUUCUGGGAGCUCUUCCCCCCCUCCCCGGAACCUGCCCAGUGACUACAAGUACGCACAGGACCGAGCCAGCCACCUGAAGAUGUCCAGUGAGGAGCGCCGGGCACACAGGGAUGGUACCGUGUGGCAGCUAUAUGAGUGGCAGCAGAGGCAGCAGUUCCGGCAUGGCAGCCCCACAGCACCCAUAGGAGCUGGCUCCCCCGAGGUCAUGGAGCAGGGCCGCAGCCGGAGCCUGCUGGAGGUGCCCCGCUCCAUCUCCGUGCCUCCGUCUCCUUCUGACAUCCCUCCUAGCCUAGGGCCUCCUAGGCCCUUCCCAUCCCGGCGGCCACAUACACCAGCAGAAAGGGUCACGGUGAAGCCACCUGACCAGAGGAGGAGUGUGGACAUCUCUCUGGGAGGUUCUCCCAGGAAGGCACGGGGUCAUGCUGGCAAGAACUCCUCUCAUGUGGACCGACGUUCCAUGCCGUCCAUGGGCUACAUGACUCACACUGUCAGUGCUCCCAGCUUACACGGAAAAUCCCUAGAAGAGCUCUCGCUGCUGCUCACCCGGUUGCAGCGGCACCAGGCCAAGUUGGCCAGCGUGCGCAAUUUCGCCGUGGGCCAGUUACUGCACCACUACUUGACCUUUCCUGCCUGCCAGGCUGAUGACACCUACCUCCAGCUGAAGAAGGACCUGGAGUACCUGGAUCUAAAGAUUAAAAAUAAUGAACCUUUGAUCAACGUGCUUUACAAAGUGCUGAAGAAGUCAGCACGGGGCUGUCGGCCCGGGAGAAGCAUGACAGGCCGAGAUCUUCUUAAGGAUCGAAGUCUGAAGCCGAUGAAGAUCGCGGAGAGUGACAUUGAUGUCAAGCUGAGUGUGUUCUGUGAACAAGACAGGAUCCUCCAGGACUUGGAAGACAAGAUCCGAGCUCUCAAGGAGAAUAAAGACCAGCUAGAAUCCGUGCUGGAGGUGCUGCACAGGCAGACAGAGCAAUACCGAGACCAGCCACAACACCUGGACAAGAUCGCCUGCCAGCAGAGGCUCCUGCAGGAGGACCUCGUCCACAUCCGGGCAGAGCUUUGCAGAGAGUCCACGGAGAUGGAAAAUGCCUGGAAUGAGUACCUGAAGUUGGAGAGGGAUGUGGAGCAGCUGAAGCAGACCCUGCAGGAGCAACACAGAAGAGCCUUUUUCUUCCAGGAGAAGUCACAGAUACAGAAGGACCUGUGGAGAAUCGAAGAUGUCAUGGCGGGCUUGAGUGUGAAUAAAGAGAACUACAGAGUCCUGGUGGGGUCUGUCAGAAAUCCAGAAAGAAAAACGGUGCCUUUGUCCCCUCACCCCUCCGUGCCUUCACUCUCUCCAACUGAGAGCAAGCCGGCCCUGCAGCCUAGUCCUCCCACCAGCCCUGUGCGGACUCCUCUGGAGGUCCGACUCUUUCCACAGCUGCAGACCUACGUGCCAUACCGACCUCACCCGCCCCAGCUGAGGAAAGUGACGUCCCCUCUUCAGUCACCAACCAAGGCAAAGCCUCAGGUGGAGGACGAGGCACCUCCCAGGCCACCACUUCCUGAACUCUACAGCCCAGAGGACCAGCCUCCAGCUGUGCCACCUCUGCCGAGAGAAGCCACCGUCAUACGGCACACAUCUGUGCGGGGCCUCAAGCGACAGUCAGAUGAAAGGAAGAGGGACCGGGAACAGGGCCAGUGUGUGAAUGGCGACUCAAAGGUGGAGCUCCGGUCCUAUGUGAGUGAGCCAGAGCUGGCCAGCCUCAGUGAGGACGUGCCUCAGCCCUCCCUGGGCCUCGUGGGCUCUGAGAGCAGGUACCAGACACUGCCAGGCAGAGGGCUCUCGGGCUCCACCUCCAGGCUCCAGCAGUCGUCCACCAUUGCUCCCUACGUCACACUCCGGAGGGCUCUGAAUGCUGAAAACAGCAGUGUGACCUUCUCUAGACCCAAGAGUGCCUUGGAGCGCCUGUACUCAGGGGACCACCAGCGGGGCAAGAUGAGUGCCGAGGAACAGCUGGAGCGGAUGAAGAGACACCAGAAGGCCCUGGUCCGGGAGCGCAAGAGGAAUCUGAGCCAAGGAGAGAGACCGGGCCUACUCUCAGCCCGAUAUCUCAGCCAGCCACUGCCUGGAGAUCUUGGCUCAGUAUGUUAGAUGGGGCUGGGACAGAGGCCGGAGUUUCCCCAAGUCCCCCAAGCGUACACAUGUCACCUCCCAGGAUGACCUACAUGGUUGACAGAACAUCCUGAGGGACUGUUUGUCCACAACCCCAGCUGCACGUGUGAGCUGGCCAGAGGAUGACCCGGAAACAGAGUAAUAGGGAGGACCUAGCAGCAGAAGCUGCCCUCAUUCUCCAAGCUUAGUGGGCGGGGCCUCUCAGCUGAAUUAAGGACUUGAGAAUGUAGGGUUGAUGGAGGAGGAGAAGAUGGUGAGGAAAGAGAUGAUGUACGAGUCAACCACACAGCCUCCCAAACUCCCCAGCAGGAUCCAGGGGAGGCAACUGAAUAAGAAAGGGUUGGUGCCCCCCAACCCUGAGGUGCUGGUGGUCUCCCACAGCCUGCAGUGCUGAGGCCUCAGGUACUCAGGAGGGCUGGGGAAAUCGGUGCUGCCCCCUGCUGGCUGGUGCUGCACCUGCCCACGGUUGCCUUAGGCCCAUUGUGGGGACAUUCCAUCGGGCUUUUGGGUCUGGAGCCCCUAGUUCCCCAGCCCUCUAGCCUGACUGCUCUCCCUAGUUCAUUGCACAAGCUCUUUGGCUUCUAGUACCGCCGCCGCCGCCGCCGCCGCCGCCGCCGCCGCCGCCGCUCAUUGCCUCUAAUCCUGCCUGAUUGUCUUUACAGACUCGCUUGUUGGCACUGGGCCUUCUCUAACCGGCCAGUGCUGUCUCUGACCAGGCUUGUCUUAGCAGCUGUCUCCCGAUCCUAGCAGGCAUCCCUAGGGGUGGCUUACCUUCCACUGUCUGCUUUGUGUAGGCCAACUGACUGAUAAUGCAUUCAUCUCAAAAGCUGUUCUGCGAGGGCCAUGAUCAUUAGCAGAGGUCUGGGCGAUGGGAAUUCAUCAGAUUCCAUGCCUUACGCUGGACAGUAGACAUCAACUUUGGAGAGUGCACAUGUAACUUCUACAAAGUCUGAGGCCAUCUGGUUUUAAUUCCUCCCAUCCCAUCACACGAUUCCUUAUGGAAAAGCUUUUGCAAUUCAGAUUUAGUAACUUGAAUGGAUAGCAAAAUAAACUGUAUUCAGAGGGCCUCUCUGCAGCUGUUUGUCACCAAAGGACUGGAACAAUGUCUUUAAAAAGCUAUUAACCCAUUAACUUUUAAACUUUAUAAGUAAGUGUUAUAUGGGGUAACCCCGACUUUCUAUAACGUGCUGUCUGAAAUGCAGAGAGUAUCUCAGAACCAUAACUCCAAUACCUUGUAAUUUUCCUUUGGGAAAAAAAAAAGGCUUGUGUAAGUCUCAUCAACGCCAAUAAACAUAUUGCUUCCUAUGACGGAUUGGCGUGGUUCUUCCCCAGGACACUUUGUAGAGUGUGGUGAACUUUUGCUGUUUGUGGAAGCAAUCAGGCUGGGUUUAAAUGAGGACUUGUCUCUAUUUGAGCAAGUGUGAGCGUGUAAGAAAAUGUGUGUUUUCUUUGUGAACCAUUCAAUUUAUCCCUGAACUUUAAUUGCCCAAUUCUUCCCAACUCUAAUUGGAAAACCAUCAGCAAACACAAUUCUUCUGGUUUGACGUGAACUUGAGCUUGUGCAUGAACGUGUGGAGCGUGCUGAUGUGGCGACAGGCUUGUGGUUGGGGUGUGAAGCAUCUAUGGCUGCUAGGGUAUUGUGAAGUGAAUGGGGUGAGACAGGCUAUGACUCCAUGCUCAAGUGUCCUUUCAUCCUCACAAGAACAGCCUUGUUCUCUUAAGGUCAGAGGCCUGGCAUGAACCGGAAGCCAUCUCGGAGCUGGGCAGACGCGCUUGGGUAGAUUUUUUCCCCCUCCUACGAAGAGACCGAUGAUACAAAGUUGCCACUGUGAAAUAGCCUUGGAGCAAUUGCAUCUGAUCCCACAUUUAGUUUCAUUUUUAGUUUGUUUUCUAGUUUAAAGAAAAUGUCUUGUCUCAAAUGGUUACCAUUUUCCGCAGCUGUUUGCUACACUGGCCACCAGCCAACUCCUUGGAACUGAUUAGAACUCCCGCCCUGUUGGGGUGUAAGCUCCCCAACUCUUGAAUCAUCCCCAGGAGCUUGAAGGCUGUGAAAGACUUACUCUCCCCCAUUGUUUGUUCUCUUGGAGUGUAUGGCUCCUAAACCAGAAGGCUUUGGGGAGGGGAUUUUGGAUGGGGCAGGUCAUCCUGGGGUCACCCUUUUAUACCUGGGGACGUUUUAGAUUCCUGUGAGCCACUGUGAACAUAAAGUCAUGGAUCUUCCACCAGUAAGUACCCUAAGGGAUGCACAUUUGAAUACUCUGAGGUCUUAGAUCAGAACACAGCCAGCAGUGUGGAAGAGGCUGCAGGACAGAGCAGAGGCUUUGUUUUCACACACACACACACACACACACACACACACAGACACACACACACGGACACAGACACAUGGACACACGGACACCAGGCCUCAGGGCCCCGUGUGGCUCGUUGAUGGGUCGGGGAGUGAGGUUAACUCUCUCCUCUGU